GACCCAUGUAUUGAAAAUGGGUUGGGGCGAGGCAGUGGCGACAGGUAAAAAAGGGGUUUAGGGAAGACCACGACUCUACACUGACUCAGCAAACCCCACCCAACAAGUACUGCUACGGUACCCCCCGACACCUGCCGGGUGCUGCUAUACCCGACACCUGCCGGGUGCUGCUAUACCCGACACUUGCCCCCGGGACACAGGUGGCCGCUGCCUGGCUCCGCGGCCCCCCCUCCAACAGCACCACCACCAGCAGCAGCAGCUCAGCCGUCAGUCGCCUGCGGCAGCUACCCGCCCUGGCGGAGCAGCUGGGGGUACCCGCGGAGGUGCUGCACGCCUACAUGCGGGCUGCUGCGGGGGGGACUGCUGCAGGAGGAGGAGGAGGCGCCAGCAGCAGCAACGGCGGCGGCGGUGCGAAUGGUAUUGGCGUUGUUGGCGGCGGUCCGCUGUCCUUGUUGGGUGGCGAGCCGUCGCCCCUGGGGGGAGCCGCCUGGGACGCUUCUCCUGCGCCGCCGCCGCCGCCUCAGCUGUCGCUUGCCUCCCUGCCGCUGCUGCAGCUGCUGCCGCCGGGUCAGCUGCAGCAGCUGGGUAUGUCGGCGGGUUGCGGUGCAACGGGGGCGGCGGCGGCAGCAGCAGCAGCGGCUCAGCUGCUACAGCUGCAGCAAGGCGGCAAGGGCAGCGGCGGAGGCGGUAGCGGAGGCUGUAGCGCGUCUGCGUUACGCGGUCUGUUAGAGGAGGAGGCUGCUGCUGCUGCUGUUGCUGCUGCUGUUGCUGCUGCGGGCGGAGGUGGCGGUGGCGGCAAGGGAGGGGUCGUGGGUGGUAUCAUCAGUGGCAGCGGCGGUGCUGGGGCUGCCGGGGGUGAGAGCGCCACCGGUGUUGCGUUGGGUUCGCGGUUGGGCAGCCUGGGCGGGGGAGGAGGAGGAGGAGGGGGCUUCAGAAGGGAAAUGGAGGAGAGCGGUACGGGUUUGCUAGCGGAGGCGGUGGCGGCGGCGACAGCAGCGGGGCGCGUCAAGCGGGCUCGUAUUACUGACGACGGACGGCGCAGUAGCGGCUGGGAGCUUGAGUCCUCCUCGUUUGGCGGCAGGGGGGUUGCGGGUCUGGCUGGGGGUUUCCCGGGGGCUGAGCAGGAGCUGUUGAUGCUGACCUCGCUAGCAGGCGGCGGCGGCGGUGGCAGCAACAGCGGGGCAGCUGCUGCUGCUGCAGCUGCCGACGGAUCCUCCAUGCAGCUAGCGCUGCCGCCGCCGCUGCCCCCCCUGCAUCAGCAGCAGCAGCAGUCCUCGUUCUCUGACCCCGUAGCGCCGCCGCCGCCGGCUCUACACGGCAGGGAGCGUAGGACAGCCCAGCUGAAGGGUGUGUGCCACGUGGAGGGCUGCCUGCAGGACCUCAGCGGCCUGCGGGAUUACCACCUGAGGUACAAGAUAUGCGAGUACCAUCUGAAGGUGGGGUCCGUGUUGAAGGACGGGGUGGCACAGCGCUUCUGCCAGCAGUGCGGCCGCUUCCACCCGCUCACGGAGUUCGAUGGAAACCGCCGCUCCUGCAGGACCAUGUUGGCUCGGCACAACAUGCGUCGAGCCAAGAAGCUAGGACAGGGCUGCGGCGCUCUGGGCGACGACGGCGGCAUCAGCAGCACUGCUGCUGCUGUGGGUGGCGGCGGUCUGCUGCAGGGCGGAGGAGGGCUAGGUGCUGCUGCUGGUGGCGGUGGCGGUGGCAUGCUGGGCGGUGCAGCAGCAGCGGACCUAGGCGCGCAACUGCUGCAGCAGCUGGGGCCGGCGGGGCUGGCGGCAGCCAUGGCCUCUCUAGGCGCCGCAUCCCACCACCCCCACCCCCAGCAACAGCAACAGGGCCAGCAGCAUCAG